AUGUCGGACAAUUUUCUGUCCGCGCUGCCGCUCAUCAUAAUUUUACUGCCAAUGUUUGUCAGCAGCAGCAUGCCAAGAUCGAAUGAGGGUAUGCGGCUCAUAUUUUCGGCAGUUGUAGGUGUCAUGCUGGGUUACCUGUUUGGGAUCUCCUUCCCUACAGUCAACAUAACCAAGCUUCACUUCCCUUCGAGUAUCAUCUCCUAUAUUGAAGAUAGGAACUCUGGCAUCACAACCCAGACAUUGUUGAACCAUGCUUGGGCAUCUGCAAACAAUCGUAAAAAGAAUAUUUCUGAAUCUAACACUGAUGAAAUUCCCAAGAUUUAUGUUCCUACAAACCCAAAAGGUGCUGAGAGACUUCCACCAGGCAUUGUAGUGUCUGAAACAGAUCUUUAUCCCCGAAGACUAUGGGGUGAUCCUAGUGAGGACCUUACUAGCGAGCCGAGGUAUCUUGUUACUUUUACUGUUGGUAUUGGGCAAAAGGCAAAUAUUGAUGCAGCAGUCAAAAAGUUUUCAGACAAAUUCACCAUUAUGUUGUUCCAUUAUGAUGGUCGGACUACUGAGUGGGAUGAAUUUGAGUGGUCUAAAAGAGCAAUCCAUGUGAGUGUCAGGAAGCAGACAAAAUGGUGGUAUGCAAAACGAUUUUUGCAUCCCGACGUUGUUGCCAGAUAUGAUUACAUUUUCAUCUGGGAUGAGGAUCUAGGUGUAGAGCAUUUCAAUGCAGAGAAGUACAUUGAGCUUGUUAGAAAGCAUGGGUUGGAAAUCUCUCAGCCUGGUUUGCAGCCUGAUAAAGGACUAACAUGGCAAAUGACUAAACGACGUGGUGACCAGGAAGUUCACAAAGUAACUGAGGAGAGACCAGGCUGGUGCACUGAUCCACAUCUACCACCAUGUGCAGCAUUUGUUGAAAUUAUGGCAACAGUGUUCUCCAGAAAUGCAUGGCGCUGUGUAUGGCAUAUGAUUCAGAAUGACUUGGUCCAUGGAUGGGGUCUUGACUUUGCUCUGAGGAAAUGUGUGGAGCCGGCUCAUGAGAAGAUUGGAGUUGUUGAUGCUCAAUGGAUUGUUCAUCAAGCAGUUCCUUCACUUGGGAACCAGGGCAAGUCAGAUAAUGGAAGAGCACCAUGGGAAGGGGUAAGAGCACGUUGCAGAAAAGAAUGGGGGAUAUUUCAGACAAGGCUGGCUGAUGCGGAGAAGGCUUAUUACUUGGAGCGAGGGAUCAUACCCCCGAAUUCAACAGUAGUUUAG